AGUAAUAAACACUGAGUAGGAGAGCUUUGGGUAGCCCCCGCCUCUGUUUUUAAUAGAUAAACUCUUAUCUCCUUAAAGCAGAUGGAUUUCCUUCAUGUCAAAUGCACCAUAACCGUCAGUGUGUUCCUCACACUGACGUUGCGCCGGCCCACACCGGCGGGUGUGCGAUUAUUCUGCAGUAGCAAAACAGGGAUACUUUCAGUUCAGGAGAACUUUUGAAACGCUCUUAAAGCUCAAAUGCAACAUUGGACUCGAACAGUGAACAUGUAAUUACAUUUUUAAGGAUGACUGGCACCACAAGAAGUAACUUCCAUGUGGGUUUGACUCUAAAAGGAUGCUCUCUGGUUUAAGUUUAGCUGCCGUCCUCGUCUGGGCCACGUUAAGCGCACACACUACCGGUCAAGCCUGCCUGUGUUCAGCCCUCCUGCCUGCUGGUCUGCAGGUCAACUGCAGCUCUUUAAACCUGGUGGACCUGCCUCAUCUUCCCCCAGACACCACAGAGCUCCAUGUGCAGGACAACCAGCUCACCUCAGUGUCUCCAGGCCUCUUCGACAGACUGGUCGGUCUGAAAAAGGUCUCACUCUCUGGGAACCCUUUCCACUGUGACUGUAGGAUCCAGUACCUGAGGAACUGGUUGCUGAGGAACAGGGGCGUCGUCUCCAAGGAGCCCACCUGUGUCAGUCCCAGCUCCGUGGCUCAGAGAGCCGUCGCUGAACUCAGUGAUGACUACUUUUCUUCCUGUACCCCGGCAGGCUGCACCGGUGGGACUUACUAUAACACUAUGAUGGGAGUGAUGCUCUGCUGCCUCAUUGUUCUGCUUCUGUGGAGCUUGAGACUAGCCAAAAUGUCCACCUUCACUCUGUACAUACAUGAGAGACAUUCAGGAUUCAACGCCGACUCUUUGCGCUCACUGAGGCCCAAACACAGGAGGAGGCUGCACACCGCACAGUCAGAGGUCGGCGCCGAUUCUCUCACUUGGACAGAAAAUCCACUUCUCAACAUGGAGCUACUGCCACAAGUACUGGAUGUGUUGCACAAGAAGCACAAUAUAAAGAUAAAGGCUACCUGAGGGACCUACUACAGCGGAAUUACAAAAACACUCCAAGUGGCAAAUAAAGUUGAGGGCAAUAACAAGGCAAAGGAUUUCUUUUUUUUUUUUUUCAAUAAAGUUGUUUUUAACGCUA